CGGAGAGUUGGAUAAGCCUUGUAUACCACUGUGAGCGAGUAACUGGCUGCUGAAAGGUGUUGUAUUUGUACCGGAGUUAUUAUCAUUAUUUCAAUUUUUUAAACGCUGAAUGGAUUUUUAACGGAUAUAAAAUAAAGUUUUCAACUCAUAAGGAAAUAAGCAUCGCUGUUGAUGAUGGCGGGGAGUUUCCGGGGAGGCAUGCUGUCCCUGGCAGUGUUUUUGGUGUUUUUGAUUGGCGAAAUACGCGCGCAGGGUGACAAUGGCGGCGAAUUUGGUGAUCUUACAGGCUUUGGAUUAGGUUCGACCCCGAUGGAUCUUGUUUUUGUUGUUGACACAUCACAAUUUUCAAACACUACCGAAUCACUUGACAAUGAAAUCAUGGUAAAAUCAUUUUUAACGUCAUUUCUUGAAUCCGCUGAUGUUGAUUCCGGUGAUAUCAAGAUUGCAAUGCUAACAUUUAGCACACACCCAGAAGUUGUCUUCGAUCUGAACAAAUACUCAAAAUCAGAAGAUAUUGUGGACGCAAUUUUUACUGCUGACUUUAUUCCUGGUGAAAGGAAUACCGCAGAUGCGUUAGGACGUGUCCGCUCUCAAUUGCUUGUUCGGGACAGACCGGAUGCUCCAAAUUUUGUAUUAUUGCUAACUUCCGGUAAAUCAAAUCGCAAUGAAUACCGCACAUUACAGGAAGCGGAAGCGCUAAAGUAUGCGCGCGCGAAUAUGUUUGUUGUUGGUUAUGGUCUGGACAAAGAGGACGAAGAGGAAAUUAAUGAAAUAGCAAGUAAACCUACACAGGAAAAUACAUUCUUAAUGGACUCUGUCGACGAACUCGAUGUAGUUAAAGAUGUAGUAUAUCGUCAAAUUUUCACAAGGGCGGAACAAGCAUCUAAUUCACCUGCAGCAGGUAGUGAAAUGCUUGACGUUGCUUUCCUCGUUCAUUUUUCCAACACCAUGAAAAGAGACGAUUUUCAAAGAGUUAUUGAAUUCAUGAAGGACACGAUUCAAUAUGCAGGAAUUGAUGAUGAUAAAGUUAGAGUUGGUGCUGCACUGUUCAGAAAACGUGGAAUUCUUAUAUUUGAUUUCAAUAGUUACUACUCCAAAGACGAAGUUAAAGCUGGCAUUGACAAAAUUAACUUUAACUACAGGUCGAAAGCAGCAAGCAUCACAGCUGGUUUAGAGAUUGUGAAAACGUCAUUGCUUGUAGAUUCAGCAGGUGUGAGACGUAACGUACCAAACCUGGUUAUACUUAUCACGGAUUCCAAUGCUGACACAGAAGUUUCAGGGACCAUUCAAGCUGCAGAAAAACUCAAAGCUGAUGGAACUGCAAUAUUUGCCGUUGGUAUCAAUGUUACGUACUCAGAAGAGUUGCAUGGUCUGACGUCAUCACCUGAAUAUGCCAUUAUGGUGAAUGACACAAAACAUUUAAAAGGCCUAGAAUACAAAAUCCAAGAAGCUUUUGUCGGACUUAGGACAGACGGGUUUCCACUCGUGAUUCCUGCUUUACAAACAACUACAACAACCACUUCUACGACCCCACCCACAACAACUACUGCAACCACCACUGUAAAGAAUAGCGAUGAAGCCGACAUAGUUUUCCUGAUUCACGUGUCAAAGAAAACAAAGACAAAAAUGUUUAAGAAGUACCUGCUAAAAUAUUUAAGCACACUUGCAAUGAGGGCAGAUUAUAAAAAAGUUAAAUUUGGUAUUGUUACCUACGGGAAAGACGCUGAAACAAUAUUUGAUCUGCAGCACUUUCAAAAUAGGAAAACCAUUAAGAAAACAUUUAGAAAAGUUCCUAAAACCAAGCGUUACAAAGUGGCUGAUUUAACUAGUGCAUUGCAAUACGUUGAAGAUUCAGUGUUUACGCCUGAAAAGGGAGAUGAUCCUAACAUUCCAAAUGGAAUUGUUAUGAUGUCCGACCAGGCGUCUUCAAAACUUAAAGAGGAUCGUUUAGCAGACGUGGCUAAAUCUUUAAAAAGUAAUGACAUAAGCGUGUUUGCUGUUGGAAUCGGGGACGAUCCAAACUUACAAAAGGAAAUAGAAAUAUUGACAGGACCUGAGGCAGAUACAAAUAGCAUAAUGGUCAAUGACUAUACAGAUCUUGCAAAAGAUAAAAAAUUGACCACAAGUCUUGCUGCAGCUUUUAAACCAUUUUACCUCGAGGAGCUAGAUGUCAUAUUUGCCGUACAUGUAUCUCAUAACGUAAAAAUCUCCGACAUCAAGAAAAAGUUAACACCUUUCAUUAACGAUCUGGUAUCGAAUAUGGACGUUGAAGCAGGCGGUGUACGGGUCUCCUUUGUUGUAUUUGGGUCAGAUGCCAGAGUUGAAUUUGAUUUUAAAAAGAAUAAAAAGAACAAAAAACUUGUAAAGUCUAUAAAGAAGGCACUUAAACCAAAAACUUUGAGGACUAAAGGUUCAGAUGUUGUGAAAGCGUUUAAUUUAAUUCAGACAGAAGUUUUACUUGAAAAGAAGGGUGACCGGCCAGAUAUACCGAAUCUAUUGAUAUUUGUAACUGAUAGUUCCUCAAGCUCGGAUAUGACUGAAAUUAUUAAGGAAUCUUCAUCGAUGAGGCGGUCAGGGACUUCUAUAUUUGCGAUAGGGAUUGGAAAUGCCGAUAUGAAUGAAAUCGAAGCAUUAGCAAAUGACCCAACAUCAGAGAAUUCAUUCAUGGGAAAGAAGUACGACGAUUUCAUAAAGUCUGCCGAAUUAAGAGAAAAACUUUCUAAAUUGAAAAUUUUUGAAAAUCUUAAAGUGCCCACGGAUGGUAAAACACCAAAAACCACAAAACCUCCAAAAACCACUAAACCACCAAAAACCACCAAACUUCCAAAAACUACUACAAAUCCUCCUCAAACAUCGCCAGAACUUGAUACAAUUACAACAAAACCUAGUAAACCACCGAUGACUACUACGAGAAAGGUUGAAAAAGUCACCAAGAGGAAAGACCCAGUUACAACUAUUAGAAUACCAACAGAGAAGCUGACAACUAGAACAAUCGAAUCUACACCAUCUACUACCGAAUUACCUAAGUUUCUCACUACUCCCUAUUCAAUACCGCUAUCAGAGGCCACUCAGGCUGAUAUAGUAAUAGCGGUUCAUCUGACGCCUAAAGCAUCACCAUUCGACUUUGGAUCUGUCCAAGAAUUUUUAAAAGAGCUUAUUGAAAAUGCAGAAGAAGCAGUGGAAAACAAUGAUGUACAAAUCGGUUUAAUGAUUUAUGCGGCUGAUCCAGAAGUCAUAUUCCAUAUUAACCAAUAUCAUGACGUUGAAAGUAUGAAAAAAGAAAUUGACGGAUUAAACCGAAAUCGUAUGAGAUCUUAUCGUAAUGAUGUCUCUGGAGCAUUGGCCUUGGGACGACAAAUGCUUGGAACAUAUUUCGACGGAAGAGAAGGCGAUGUACCGUCUGCCCUAAUUCUAAUAACCGAUGAGCCUUCAAACGAAAAUGUGAAUUUGAUAGAGGAGACAAAGCAAGGUGUUGAUGCUGAGGGCAUACAAAUCUUUACAAUCGGUGUUAAUAUGAAUGAUAAAGAAGAAUUAGAAACUCUAGCUACUGUUCCUGAAAACGUCAUGAUGGUUAAAAGAUAUGGACAACUUACAGCCGCCGCACCUGAAUUGCAGAAAAAAAUAUUGGCAUUGGCAAAGAAAGAAAAGAAAGUAACAACAACUUUACCUACAACCACGACUACAACUACAACUGAAACACGGACAACGACUACAGAAGAAAAAUUUAUUGAAUUACCACCACUAAUAUCAGAAAACCAAUUAAGGAUUGAAUCACCACUUCGCGAUGACGCUAGAAUACCUGAAGGUGGAAAGCGUUUUGCAGACAGAAAUGGAGUUUUGAACAAAUCCAAACCUCUUUCCCGUGCAUACGACAAUAUUUCGUGUGGUAGUACUCAAUUUGACUUGGUGAUAAUCCUAGAUGCUUCAACAAGUGUUCAGCCGGAAAAUUGGAAUAAAACGUUAUUAUCAACACAAAGACUUGUGCGCGACAUUGACUCUAAAGGUGACAAUGUGAGAAUUGGAGUAGUUGUGUUUAGUACAGAAGCACACGUUGAGUUCCAUUUAAAUUCUUAUAAAAAUAAAGAAGAUAUUAUUGAUGCUAUAUCUAGAAUAAAGUAUACCUAUGGAAUGACUAAUACCGCAGAUGCUUUGAAACUAAUGCGGACAGAAAUGUUUUCUCCAGCCAAUGGUGAUAGACCAGGGAUUGCAAAUCUUGCUAUUGUUAUUACUGACGGAGAGUCAACUGUUAAGAACGAUAGUACUAUUCCGGAAGCGAACAGAGCACGUGAACAAGGAAUUCAAAUUUAUGCCAUUGGAAUUGGAUUGACAGCCACCGUGGAACUUAAUGCAAUUGCGGGGAGACCUGAAAAUCGGUAUUUUAUUGACAACUUUGACGAGCUGGACGAGAAAAUGGAAAGAAUAUAUAAAAAUAUAUGCCCUGAAACUACAACACAAUUGCCUCCCACAACUUCAGCAACAACACCUUUAAGGUCUACAUCACCAAAAGGCCCAUGCACUCGUACCAGUAUAGAUCUUGUUUUCGUGUUGGACACAUCAACCAGUGUGACGGAAACCAACUUUCGACUGAUGAUUGCGGCGGUAAAUGGUUUUGUCAGUCACGCUGACAUUGACACAGGGAACACUAAAAUAGCUGUUAUAACCUAUAGCACAAAAGUGCGUGUGGAAUUUGACCUUAAAACAUACGGAACAAAGGAGAAGCUGUUAAACGCAAUAAAUGCAAUAGAAUACACUUUUGGAGACACAAAUACAGCAGAUGCGAUAAAGAUGGUUCGAACUCGCAGUUUUACACCAUUUUAUGGCGAUAGAGAAGGCAUUCCAAAUGUGGCAGUCAUUGUUACUGAUGGUGUUUCUAACAUAAACCACUACAAAACCAUUCCAGAGGCUAAACAAGCCAGAGAAUCUGGAAUUGAAAUAUACGCUAUUGGUGUUGGUGUUUCAAAAACUGAUGAGCUUGAUGCUAUUGCCGGACAAUCAGGGCAUCGAUUUGACAUAGAAAAUUUUGAGGAGCUUGAAAUUAAUCUGGAUAGUGUUUACAAGUCACUGUGUGGUGGUAAAGCAUGGGAAACAACUCUUACCCCUGAUAUAAUAUGUUCAAGUACUGCAUUGGAUGUUGUGUUUGCCCUCGAUUCUUCAACAAGUAUGGGAAAGAAAAACUUUCAAACUAUGCUGGACGCUACGAAAUCGUUCAUUGCAAGUGCCGACGUUGAUUCAGGAAAAACUAGGUUUGGACUACUGAUUUACAGCACGAGUUAUUCUAUAAAAUUUCAUCUAAAUCGAUUCAGAACUGAAAAAGAAAUAUUAGAAGCUAUGGAUAAUAUUGAAUACAUGGCCGGCAGCACAAAUACCGCAGGGGCACUCAAGGUUAUGAGAAAUGAUAUGUUCUCAUCUGUGAACGGAGCGAGAAAAGAAGCAGAUAUGAUUGGAAUUAUAAUCACAGAUGGUGUGUCGAAUAUUAAUUAUCAUAAAGUUUUAUCAGAGUCUGAUAAGACGAGGAGAAAAGGAAUAAUUUUAUUAGCAAUAGGAGUUGGCUUGAAUAACACUAAGGAGCUCGAUACGAUUGCGGGCAAUCCUGAAAACAAACUUAAUAUUGAUAGAUUCGACGAGUUAGAAUUUAAACUUGAUACAUUCAUACGCUCUGCCUGUAGUGAUGUUAUCGUGUAUUCUGACCUUCCAAAAUUAUCAUGCAGACAGAGUGACUUUGACCUUAUAUUUGUACUUGACUUUUCUGAAUAUGUGAGGGAAUCGGAAUUCAAAAAAGUCCUUAAGACAGUACAUGAUUUCGUCGCUGCAGUUGAUAUAAAUGGAGAUCACGCUAAUGUUGGAAUAUUAGUUUACAAUUCCCUUGUGAUUAAUUUAAACAGCUAUACCAAGCGUGACAGCCUUUUGGAAGAGAUCCUUAAGGCGAAAAAGCCGAGCAGUAUAUGGCCAUUUUCUGAUGGUAUACAUUUCUUAGAUAAUUCUAUGUUUACUAACGAUCAUGGGGAUCGAGACAAUGCGCAAAAUGUUGCUGUGAUAAUUACUGAUGGUAAAUCAGAUUUCGCUUCAUGGAGGUCACGUGAGAAUUUAAAGGCACUGACAUCGAGAGGAGUGCGGGUACUAUUACUGGGAAUUGAAACGGAAUCACCGUCGGAGUUUUACAAUGUUGCUGACUAUAUAGCCACUGAGUCUGCACAGCUCCUUCCUAACUUUGACGAACUGCGUUUUCACUUGAGCGACGUAUUUGAAUUCGCAUGCAUGGGUACUAACGCUGAAGAUCAGUGUGGUCUAAAGUCAGAUCUGGUGAUUAUAAUAGAUGCAUCUACUAGCGUGACUCAGGCUAACUACGAUAAACAACUGCAAUUCACAAAAGAUCUUCUAAGGAAUUCAGAUAUUGACUCGGGCGCAGUCCGAGUUGGUAUCCUCAUAUACAGCACCGAAGUUGAGAUUCAAUUCCACCUAAAUCGGUAUUCAACAAAAGCAGAAGUCUUUGCAGCCAUCGACAAGAUUCCAUACAUCUAUGGCAGUACUAAUACAGCAGAUGCUAUUUCCACAAUGCAUAAAACUAUGUUCACACAGAGAAACGGCGAUCGUCCAGAUGUCCCAAACACUUGUAUUGUAAUUACAGACGGCGUAUCAAAUAUCAAUUCAAGGAAAACCAUACCAAAUGCUGAGGCUGCACGCGCAGGAAAUAUACAUAUAUACGCUGUUGGUAUCGGUCUAAGAGAUACAAGAGAAUUGGAUGGUAUUGCAUCUACACCUCACACAGAGAACAGCUUCAAUGUACAAAGCUUUGACGAACUUAAAGGGUUAGACAAGAAGAUUUUCUCUGCACUCUGUCCAACUAAAAAGGAAACAACAACGGCAGUAGUUCCAACCCAGCAGCCAGGUUGUGGUCUGGCAGAGGUCGAUCUUGUCAUAAUCAUUGAUGCAUCAACAAGUGUGACGGCGCCUAAUUUCCAGAAGAUGCGUGAUUUCUGCAAAGAUCUUGUGGACUACGCCGAUGUAGACAGUGGUAGUGUUCGUAUUGGUGUUCUCAUAUACAGUACAGAUGUGCAGAUUCAAUUCAAUUUGAACGAAUACAAGACCACUUCAGCAGUGAAGGCUGCUAUUGAUAACAUACCUUAUAUUUACGGAAGUACAAAUACUGCAGACGCUAUAAUGACUAUGCACUCAAGAAUGUUCACAAGAUCUAACGGAGAUCGUCCAGGCGUCCCAAAUAUCGGUAUUGUGCUAACAGAUGGUGUUUCAAAUAUCAACUCAAGAAGAACUAUUCCAGAGGCCAACACUGCUAGGAGGAAAGAUAUCGAAGUAUAUGCCAUUGGUAUCGGUUUAACAGACACACGAGAAGUUGACGCUAUAGCUAACACUCCAACGGAUCAGUUCAGUUUCAAUGUAAAGAAAUUUGAAGAGCUCGCUGGUUUGGCCGAGACAAUAUUCGGUGGAGAAGGAGGCGGCGCCGGAUGCGGUAAACCAGCGACAACUACCAUUGCCCCAAAACCAGAUGAAAAAACAUGCGGGUUAACAAAAGUUGAUGUAGUGAUCAUUCUUGAUGCUUCGACAAGUGUAACACAAGCAAACUUCAACAAAAUGCUACAGUUUGCAAAGGACAUCGUCGAUAAGGCUAAUGUAGAUAGUGGCAGUGUCAGAAUUGGUUGUUUAAUUUACAGUACCGAAGUUGAAAUCCAAUUUUAUCUGGAUGAGUAUAAAACAAACGAUGCUAUUAAAGCAGCUAUUGAUAAAAUUCCCUACAUCUAUGGUAGCACGAACUCGGCUGAUGCUUUGAAAGUAAUGCACGAGAAACUAUUUGACCAAAGACGAGGCGAUAGAAGUGAUGUUGAAAAUGUAGCGUUUAUGAUUACUGAUGGUGUAUCAAACAUUAAUAGCCGUAGAACUAUUCCCGAGGCCGAAAGGGCUAUUGGCAAAGGAAUCACUGUUUAUGCAAUCGGUAUCGGACUGACGGAUACAAGGGAAUUGAGAGGCAUGGCUUCUGAACCUAAGGAUGAGUACAUGUUUAAUGUUCAGAAGUUUGACGAAUUGACAGAUUUGGUAGAAACUAUAUUUGGAGGCGGUGAAGAAUGUGUAAACGAGCCACCAGUAGCUGAUGCCGGAAAUGACGUCAGUAUUCAACUUCCGGUCGACUCUGUGAUUCUUGAUGGAACUAGGUCAACUGAUGACGUAGAGGUCACUCAGUAUCAAUGGAUAAAGAAGUCCGGUGGUCGUGUGACAAUGUUGGGCGAGGAGAGUGCAAUAUUGAAUCUUGCCAACCUUGAAGCUGGCGAAUAUGUUUUCACACUUACUGUAUUUGAUGUUGAAGGCCAAAGCGAUGACGAUGAUGUUAGAGUUAUUGUUGAAGAACAAGACUUUCCCCCUACCGCUGAUGCUGGAGAUGAUAUUGAGAUUCAAUUACCCGAUGAUACAGUCACAUUAAACGGUGAUGGUUCUUCCGAUGACAUCAGAAUUGUAAGAUAUUCGUGGGAGUUUGCUUCCGGCGAUGAUAGUUCUGUUACAGCCGAGGGAAUGGAUAGUUCUAGCCCUACACUUUCUGGUCUUAGUGAAGGAGUGUAUAACCUAAAACUAACAGUUUAUGACGAACUAGGUCAAAUGGACGAGGAUACUGUAACCAUCAAUGUUAAAGCUCAAGAUUUUCCGCCCGUUGCUGAUGCUGGUGAAGAUGUUCUCAUCCAGUUACCAGAUGAUACAGUGAACCUUAAUGGAGCAGGUUCUACUGAUGAUAUUGAGGUUGUGCGUUAUCAAUGGGAAUUUGUUGGGGAUACCAGAUCUGUAAACGCUAGACGAAUGGAUACGGCAAGGCCAACACUAUCUGGUUUAAUGGAAGGAGAUUAUACAUUGAAGCUUACAGUUUAUGACGGACUCGGUCAGAUGGACUACGAUACAGUAUCAAUUAAUGUUAAAGCUCAAGAUUUUCCGCCCGUUGCUGAUGCUGGGGAAGAUGUUCUUAUCCAAUUACCCGAUGAUACAGUAAACCUUAAUGGCGCUGGCUCUACUGAUGAUAUUGAGGUUGUGAGUUAUCAAUGGGAAUUUGUUUCUGGGGAUGGCAGCUCUGUAAACGCCAGAGGAAUGGAUACGGCAAGGCCAACACUAUCUGGUUUAAAGGAAGGAGAUUAUACAUUGAAGCUUACAGUUUAUGACGGACUCGGUCAGAUGGACGACGAUACAGUAUCAAUUAAUGUUAAAGCUCAAGAUUUCCCUCCAACUGCUGAUGCUGGCGAUGAUGUUGAGAUACAGUUACCAAUAAACAAGGUCACGUUAGCUGGUGAUGCUUCAACCGAUGACAUUGGAGUAGUACGCUAUCAAUGGGAACUCGUCAAUGGCAAUGACGAGACACUUGAAAUUGAGGGCGACGACACUGCCAACCCAACCGUCACCGGACUUAAGGAAGGACCAUACACUUUUAAACUUACAGUGUAUGAUCAACCCGGACAAUCUGAUAUUGAUGAAGUAGAUGUUAUAGUUAAAGCUCAAGAUUUUCCACCGGUUGCAAAUGCUGGUGAUGACGUCGUAUUGCAGCUACCAAAAGAUAAGGUUACAUUGAGUGGUGAAAAGUCCACAGAUGAUCGUAGCAUCGUUGCGUAUGUAUGGGAAGUCGUUUCCGGCGACCCGAUUCAGCUAGAUGAUGAGGCAUCUGCCACGCCAACUGCAUCGGGUCUUGAUGCUGGAUCAUAUACAUUAAAACUCACUGUCUUUGAUGAAUUAGGUCAAUUUGAUGAAGAUGAAGUUAAUAUCAACGUUAAAGCCCAAGAUUAUCCACCGGUUGCAAAUGCUGGUCCUGAUAUUGAUAUACAGUUACCCGUUGAUACGGCAUCCUUUAGUGGUUUCAAGUCAUCAGAUGAUGUAGGAAUUGUGCGUUAUGAAUGGUCUAUUGAUGACGACUCGGUAAAGCUAAAUGAUGCAGAUUCUAUGGAGGCAUCCGUGGCAGGGUUAGAAGCGGGCCGGUACACAUUAACACUGACUGUGUUUGAUGAACAAGGCCAAUCAGAUAAAGAUGAUCUGGUUAUUAACGUCAAAGAGAGGGAUUUCCCACCUGUUGCUGAUGCCGGUGAAGAUGCUACUAUCAAACUGCCAACUAAUGAAGUAAAACUAGAUGGAACCGGUUCUACAGAUGACGUGCGAAUUGUUGAUUAUACUUGGAGACUUCAAUCUGGGGAUGGCAGAUCAAUCCGGUUUGAUAAUACUGAUAAUGCUGAAACAAAAGUGCGUGGACUUGAUGCUGGUACCUACACAUUUGAAUUAACCGUCGCAGAUGAGCUCGGACAAACAGAUGUCGAUACUGUUACGAUAACAGUUACAGCUGCCGAUAUUCCACCUGUCGCACGUGCUGGUGACGACGUCACAAUUAAACUACCCGUAAAUUACGUCACACUAGACGGAAGCAGGAGCUCUGAUGAUCUUGGCAUUGUACGGUAUAGAUGGCGAAUGCGAUCGGGAGAUAAGUCUGCCCUCAAAAUGAAGGGUGACAGGUCUCCCGUUCUGCGAUUAACUGAUAUGAAGCCUGGCAAUUAUCGGUUCAGUCUUACCGUAACCGAUGCCAAGCGGUUAAAGGAUACCGAUUAUGUUGAAGUUACCGUUUUGCCAGACGAUCCUCCGAUUGCUAAUGCUGGUGAAGAUAUGACAGUACAAUAUCCAACCGGUACUGUGUCUAUAUAUGGAGAUCAGAGUUCUGAUGACGUAGGUAUUGUCACUUAUGACUGGAAACUGUUGUCUGGUGAUGGUUCCAUAAAUACCUUUGACACUGACCGAGCCAAUAUGGGAAUACGCAAUGCUAUGCCCGGAGAUUACGUAUUUGAAUUGACGGUUACAGACGAAUCUGGAAAUCAAGAUACAGAUCAAAUGAGACUUACAGUAUUACCAGAACCUACCACAACUGAAGAACCAUGUGGCCUCGACAAAACCGAUGUUAUCUUUGUCGUUGAUGCUUCAACUAGUGUGACAGAGGCUAACUUUAAGAAGCAGCUUGAAUUCAUGAAGUCGAUUGUAGAAUUUGCUGAUGUAGACACAGGCAGCGUACGAUUUGGUGCUUUGAUCUACAGUACUGAAGUGGAAAUACAAUUUCAUUUGGAUAGUUACAGAACAAAAGCCGAAGUUCUAGACGCUGUUGACAAGAUACCUUAUAUCUACGGCAGUACAAACACUGCUGAUGGACUAAAGACCAUGAGAGACACUAUGUUCAGUUUCAGGAGAGGUGACCGAAGUGAUGCGCCAAAUGUUGCUAUAGUUAUCACAGACGGUGUCUCAAACAUCAAUAGCAGACGAACAAUACCGGAAGCGGAACAAACGCGGGAUGACGGAAUACAUAUUUAUGCUGUAGGAAUUGGUUUGACAGACACGCGGGAAUUGAAUGGCAUAGCUUCGGUACCAGCAAGCGAGAAUGCUUUUGCUGUCAGCACAUUCGACGAACUGUCAGGAUUGGGAAACAAGAUCUUCACUGCAUCUUGCGCUGUUGUAACUACCACUACCACAACACCCGCGCCCACAACAACAACUGUUAUCACCACAACUCAACCUCCAAUGCCUACAACCACGAGCUGCGGCUUAUCCAAGACGGAUUUAGUCUUUAUAUUGGACGCCAGUACAAGCGUAACGGAGGCGAAUUUCCAGAAAAUGAGGGACUUCUUAAAAGAUUUCUUGACCAAUGCUGACAUUAACUCUGGGUCUGUAAGAGUCGGUAUCAACAUUUACAGCACUGAUGUCCAAAUCAUGUUCCAUCUGAAUGAGUACCAAAAAGAGGCUGAUGUCAUGGCCGCCAUUGACAGAAUACCGUAUAUCUACGGCUCUACCAACACUGCGGAUGCCCUCAAGGUUAUGAGGAAUGAAAUGUUUGUAGCAUCUAGAGGUGAUCGCCCUGACGCUCCUAAUGUAUGUGUUCUCUUGACCGAUGGUAUUUCUAAUAUCAACUCUAGAAGGACCUUACCAGAAGCAGCAACUACUAGAGACGACAACAUCCACAUCUACGUCAUUGGUAUCGGUUUAAAAGACACCAGAGAAGUCGAAGGUAUUGCCUCCCCACCAAUCAGUCAAAACCUCUUCAAUGUACAAGACUUCGACGAGUUGGUAGGACUUAAACAAAGAAUGUUCAGCGCUUCUUGUGAAGACACGCCCUGUGGGUUUUCCAAUGCAGAUGUUGUGUUUUUAUUGGACACUUCUUCAAGCGUAACCGCCCCUAACUUUCGAAAAAUGUUAAGUCUCACGAAGCUGUUUGUCAGAGAAGCCAAUAUUGACACCGGAAGUGUUCGAAUUGGCCUUGCUAUUUUUAGUGACGAUACAAAUAUGAAAUUUCAUUUGGACACCUUUACAAUAAAAACCGAUAUUCUUAGAGCAAUUGACAAUAUUUAUUAUACGCAUGGUUCAACAAAUAUUUUUGACGCUCUUAAAACUAUGAGGACUAAAAUGUUUCGUAGGAGUAUGGGUGACAGACCUAAUGUGAAAAAUUACGCAGUAUUGAUUACUGACGGUGUCAGUGACCUAAAUGCAAGGAAAGUUGCUCGUGAAGCAAGAAAGGUUAGGGCAAGUGGUAUUCACAUGUAUACCAUUGGAAUAGGUCUGUCUGAUACCACUGAAAUUUUAAGUAUUGCGUCAGAACCAGCCUCUGAAAAUUCGUUUCCUGUUAGUAAUUUUGAUCAACUUGGUGCUAUCCCCGAGCAAAUGUUCAAAGGAAAAUGCAAAAAAGACGAGCCGCCAGUUGCGAACGCGGGAAAAGACUUGACGAUUGAACUUCCGGAUGACACGGUGUUGAUUUCCGGCGCGCAGAGUACAGACGACAACGGAAUCGUGGAAUACGUAUGGAGUCAGAUAAGUGGACCAAGGCUCAACGUUGCCCUAACUGAUAACCAGUUCCUUGAAUUGACGGGUUUGAAAGAAGGCGAGUACGAAAUUGAACUGAAAGUUGUGGAUGCUGAGGGUCAAAGUGACACGGAUACCGUAUCUAUAACAGUGCUUCCGGAACCGGAUCUUCCACCACGCGCUGACGCUGGAGAUGACCAGACGAUUCGCUUACCAACAGACAGUGUUGUUCUUGAUGGCAGGAGAAGUUCAGAUGAUAAGGGUAUCGUUGAGUACGACUGGGAACUAACCAGCCCCAGGGAUAGGUCAGUGAGACUCAGGGGAGAUAAUACCCAAAAACUCACGGCUGAUAACCUGAAAGAAGGAUCCUAUGUUUUUACAUUGACGGUCAAGGACAAAAAGGGACAAAGUGACUCCGACAGUGCAAGAAUCACGGUUCUUCCAGCCCCAGACGAACCACCAAUCGCAAACGCUGGUCAAGACUACGAAAUCCAGCUUCCAACAGAUUCUGUUAUCCUUGACGGAAGUAGAAGUACGGACGAUAUCGGUAUUACGUCAUAUCGAUGGACGCUCACUUCCGGUAAUACACGCGGCGUAAGGAUGUCGGGAGAAAGAACUGACACCCUCACUUUGGACAACUUACAGGCAGGAGAAUAUGUUGCCAGAUUGUCUGUUAGUGACAGAUCAAGACAGACAUCAGCUGAUGAAGCUCGAAUUGUUGUUAAACCAAGACCGUUGAGAACUUCCGGAUAUGACGUCAUCUUUAUACUAGAUUCUUCCGUCAGUCCAAGCCAGUUCUCAUGGAUGAAUAAUUAUGCCAGGAACGUUAUCAGAGAAAUGAGUAUAGAUGAUGGGGAAUUCAGGGUCGGAUAUCUAACAUACAGUCAUGGUGCGUAUAGACAGUUUGAUCUUAAUGACAACGAUAACAAAGCCGAUGUCCUUGCUGCAAUCGACAGAGUUGACUACAAACCAGGGAGCAAAAACACUGCAUCAGCCUUCAAGUAUGCCAGAAGCCGUAUGUUCACACCACAAAAUGGCGACCGUGACUUUGCCGAAAAUUACAUCAUCCACCUAACAGGUGGCGGCCCUAGUAACAACCCAUUCGACUCUGCAACCGAAGCAUGUACACUCCAGGGAAACAAAGUGGGUAUGUUUGCCGUCGGGUUCGGAGAGAUACCAGACAAGUCCGAGCUAGAUGCCCACUCGUCCUUACCAACAUCUGACUAUGAGAUGGAAAUACGAGCCGAGAGUGAAAUGGGAGAAAAGCCUGGUCUUAUGUUAUAUCAACUCAAAAAUGGGUCCCCGAGACCUUCGAUUUGUCCAACUGAGGCACCCACUACAACCGGUGCACCAGGAGUCUGCUCAGCUUCCGGUGAUAUUGUGUUCAUUUUGGACUCUAGCGGUUCCGUGGGACAAGAUAAUUUCUACCGGGUAUUGAACUUCACCUACGCCACCAUUGAUGGCCUUGACAUUGACAAUGGUCGAUUUAGAGUCGGUGUGACCACCUUCAGCGAUACUUCUAGACUAGACUUCAACCUGGACGAGUUUCACGACAAAGCCGACAUGGAGGCUGCUUUAAAACAGGUGGUAUACAUGUACGGAAAUACUCACACUGCGCAUGCGCUGAGAAGAGCUCGUUUGGAGAUGUUCACCAUGACGGCAGGGGAUCGACCAGACGUUCCCAAUGUCAUUGUCAUUAUUACCGACGGACAGUCCAACGUCAACCACGAGCUGACCAUUCCAGAGGCAAGGGCACUUAAAGCCGCCGGUGUCACCAUUAUCACCGUUGCCGUCGGAUUUACGUCGGAGACUAGCGAAUUGAUUGGACUAACAUCACCACCGGUUAGCGAGAAUUUGAUUUAUGUACAGAACUAUGAGUCACUGAACCAACUAAAGAACCAACUGAUCAGUCCACUAUGUACAGACUCGAACCUUUGCAGGAAGAAGCCAUGUCAAAAUGGCGGCGUGUGCAUGGACGGUAUUCGAAGCUUUGUUUGUUUGUGCCCAGACGAUUUCUUCGGUGAUACCUGUAGUAAACAAUGCGGAGAACCAGCGGACGUUGUGAUUGUACUCGACUCCUCAAACACUGUUGGUGAAUACAAUUUUGGUAGACUAAAGGAAUACGCUGAACACUUGGUACGUGAAAUGAAUAAAGAUUCUUGUGACGUCAACAUUGGAUUCCUGAAGUACAGCUCUGCUGCGAUGGUACAAGUUAACCUUGGUAUGUAUGCCGAUACGGAGACCAAUGUUCGAGCACUCGACCAGAUCUCGUAUACACGUGGCCGAGCAAACAUGGCGGCUGCUUUCCGUGCAUUGAGAACCCAAAUGUUUAACGGACAAAACGGGGAUCGUACUGGCGCGAGAAAUAUUGCAUACUUCCUGACAGAUGGUACCAACGAUGUGAACGCUGAUAGAACGGAACCGGAAGCGGAACUUACGAUCUCUUCCGGUGUCAGAAUCAUUCCGAUUGGAAUUAAUCUCAGGGAAAGAUUUGAAGUGGACAAUAUUGCCGGGAACCAGGGACUUAAGGUUAUUGAAAUCCGUGAUGAAUCAAAUCUUCUAGAAAACACAGAUACCAUUCUGCAGCCCUUAUUUGAAGGAAAUGACUUCUGCAAGGAGAACCCGUGCAGCAACGGUGGUAAAUGUAUGAACGAACCAUUUGGAUACACCUGUGACUGUCCAGUCGGCUACACAGGUGACACGUGCCAGAAACAAGAUAACUCGGGCAAAGGAGGCUGUACUGCUAAGGGUGACGUCGUAUUUGCUGUUGAUACGUCACGUUACGUCACAAGAAGCGAGCUGAAAAAGGUCCGCAGAUUCUUGCGCUCCGUCGUCAAGAGGAUGAGAUUUAAGCGUAACGAGUUCAGCGUUGGAAUGGUUCAGUUUACAGACUGGGCAAAGGUCACUCUCGACUUCAACGAAGGAAGAUCAAAGAAAGCAGUACGAUCUAGCAUCGCUGGACUCCGAGUACAUGGUGGAGAUCCGGAACCAGCCACCGCCCUGGCUAAAGCCAAUUACAGAAUUUUCAGCAGCAACGGUGCCGACCGUGAAAAGCCCGACUACCUCAUACUUGUCACAAAGAGCAUGCGCGGAGAAGAAGAAAUCUUAAAGGAGGCCAAUAAACUUAAACUUCGUGGAACCAGAGUCUUGGGUGUUGGUCUUGGAUUAACGGAUAAGGAACAGGAAUAUAUGGAAUCUACCGUGUCCAUGCCGUACAGGGAGACCGCCAUGUUCGCAACCGAUGCCAAGGAGCUUGCCGAUAUCGCAGAUAGAGUCGUUGAAUACAUGUGUGACGAUGAAGACUUGUGCGCAGAGAGCCCGUGCCGUAAUGGUGGUGUCUGCAGAAGUCUUGGCGGUGACUUCUAUUGCGAAUGUGGUAUUGGUUAUGCUGGUAAAUUCUGCGAAAACCGAUGCGAGGCACGUGCUGACAUCGUAUUCUUGCUCGACUCUAGCGGAAGUGUAGGUCACAUUGACUUCCGGCGUGUGAAACAGUUUGUCCACAACAUGGUCAGCGACCUUCAGAUCGGCAGAGACAAAACAAGAGUUGGUCUCGUGACAUACAGCUCUAACAGCAGGCACGGUUUCUUCAUGAGCAAAUAUUACAACCUGUAUGAACUACAGAACGCCAUUGCCGGUAUCGGCUACGAGUACGGUGAUACCAACACGGCUGCCGGUCUUAGGCUUGUAAGAGAACGCUACUUCGGAGGGGCCAACGGCGACAGGCAAAACAUUCAGAAUUUCUUGAUUAUCGUUACUGACGGUGUGUCCAAUAUCAAUCCGGACGAGACAAUUACAGAGGCGAAAAUGCUGAAGGAUGAAGGUGUGCAUAUCUAUGCUGUUGGCAUUGGUAAUUUUGAUCACUAUGAGAUCAACAGCAUUGCUAGUCCACCGGCAGCACAGAAUGCUUUCAUCCUGAGUGACUACACAGCCCUCGGAAAUAUUUCCAGCAGUAUUGUCAAGAAAACUUGCAGAGAUCCCACAGUAUGUGAGGAGAACCCCUGUAGAAACGGAGGCCUCUGUGUACCAGGAAUUAACGGACCAUUCUGUGAAUGUCGUGUUGGUUAUAGAGGAGAAAACUGCCAGGACUCAUGCGUUACUGUGAAGGACAUUUACUUCCUCAUGGACAGCUCGGACAGUGUUGGAGCUAAGAACUACCAGACUGCUCUCAACUUCAUCGCAUCUAUUGCCGAAGAGUUCAGCGGAGAAGGUAGCUAUAACAGAUUCUCCUUGAUGACCUUCAGCGAUGACGUCCAAAUCGUUUUCUCCCUCGGCAGGUACACCAGACUGCCUGUACUUAUGAACGCCAUAAAAUUUGCCCGUUACAGACCAGGGAAAACAAAUACUGCAGCCGCUUUCAGGACGGUUAGCGAGAUAUCUGUAGACGCUCUGGGUGACAGAAAUGAUGCGGAAAAUAUAAUCUUCGUUAUCACGGACGGAGACGGUAAUGUUGAUGAAGAAACAACAGUCGAUGCUGCUAAAGCUCUCAAGGACGAUGGCGCUAGGAUUAUACCCAUUGCUGUUAACAUGAAUGAUUAUACCGAGAUCGAACAAAUAGCAUCAAAUAGGAAUGACAUUUUCAAAGUGAGCACAUUCAAUGAUUUAGAAUCUAUAUUAGACGAUAUCGUUGUAACGACUUGUAGGAAUGGUAAUGAAAUUACCACAAAUGGUUAAUCAUUUUUGUAAUCCAUUGUAUGUCGGUAUUUUUUAUAAUAUGAAAACAUUAUGAUGAAAGACAAUAACUUUGUACUGUGUACUAAUGCUUGCUUGUUGUACCCAAAAAAACUUUAGAAAUGGACAGAUAUAGAGUGAUAGUUUGGCGGCUUGCUGUACUGGGCCAUCUACUGGCAGCAUGUAGGUUUUCUUUUAAAGCAAGAUCUGAGCGAUAGCAUGAUGUAUACAAGUUUAUGUUUUGAUUUGGAAUAUAACAGAUUCUUAACUGAACUUCAAAAACCGAACAUGUUUCAUAUUCUUUAGGUCAAUCUUCGGCAAACACUGAUUUAAAGAUUCAAUAAUCUCGGAUUUUAAUGUAGUUUGUAGCUUUUCUAGGGAGGCAAUGCUUCAAAAGAAGUUGUUCGAUAGGUUUUAUACAAAAAAAAAAUGAUAACAAAUCAGCAUAAUUGCCAAAUUAUCAUUCUAUAUCAAUAGUUAUUACUUACGAUACCAAAGCACGCGGUUCUGUCAUGGUUACGUCACGAUGACGUAAUAAGUGGACUGGGCUGUAUAGAUAUGAAUAAAUAUGCUUGUGUCUUAAUGUGCAAUUAAAUUUAUGAUGAUUGUGUUUUUUCAUACAUGAAUACUUUGUUUUUAAUGAAAUUCAAUAUGUGUGCCUAUAUACAAUUGUUUAUGGUAAUUACUUAUCUUAAAGAAUGUUUAUUUACAUUAUAUUCUAUGUGCCUUACAAUUCAAAUGACAUAUUCAGGCGAUUUGUGACGUUAAUGCAGUUUGAAAUAUGCUUAAAUUAGGUAUGGCGCUUAUUAAGCCUAAAAAGGUUAAUUUAAGCGGUUAUAAAUUAACAUUUAUUUAAGAGAUAUUCAUUCCUACAAAAGCGACACAAAUGUUCUAAAUAUAGACAUAAAUAUUCUUAAUAUAGAACGGAAAUAAAUGUUCUAAAUAUAGAAAGGACGCUGUGCUUUUUGUUUAUUUGUUUUAUUUUUUUUCUUUAAAUUUUGUAUUCAUUUGCUCAUUUUCUUCUGGUAUUUCCAUUAAUUCAUACUCAUUAUGAUGGCUGUGAUAAGGUUAUAUUUUCACUAAGGUGUGUCGCUUUAAAGAAACUUUUCAUGGUUUAUAAAUAUGGACCGCAAAUGCCAAGAAAUUGCAUAGUUUAAGGGCUUGGUUCAAAACGGCAGUAUAUCCUAAGUUAUGACGAACGAGAUGCAUCAGUUUGCGCUAAGCCAUCAAUGGUCUAUUUUUAGUCACAAUGGUGUAUUUUUAGCCAUAAUGGUCUAUUUUUAGCUUAGGCUUAUUCACCAGAUAGAGGUGUUGAUUGAAGAUAAUAGAAUUUGUACAAAUUGGACAAAAUUUUAGUAUUAACAAGAUCACAUUACAUGCAUGAUCACAAAGUGGAAAAGUUAAAUAUAGCCUUAUGACGUCAUUAUCCAAAAUUGAUGUUGUAUAUAUCCUUGGUUUAUUUCAUAUUAUUUUGUGUUAGUAGAUAAUAUGUAAAGUUUUGAAAUCCAUUUAGCUUAUAAGUCAUAUGAUAGGACACACAAAAACAACUUUGACGUAGAAAAAAUAAGGGACAUGUUUUUUUUUUUAAUAAACACUCGAAGAUAUUGUCCUAAAAUCUUUAAAUAGCGCAAUAAAUGGUAGACAAUUAUAAACAAAAUUUUGCAAAACAUUUGAAUAGAUGAAUAAAUGGCCGAUGAAAAAAAUGUACAACCUUUCUGUUCUUGUAUUUUUUUAAAAAAAACAAGUUUUAGCUUGUAAAAGAAAAUUAAGUUCGGCAGCAUUUACAGCCACCAUUUUACUUAAUUUAGAAUUUUAAAUGUAGGAAUUUUAAAUACAUGAGUGUCAGAAUAGUUUUGUUGAAAUUAAAGUGUUAUAAUAAUUUUAAAUACACAAUGAUCAGUUGUAUUUUUUUUUUCAUGUCUUGUGUUUUUUUCUGAAAAUGAAAUAUAAAUUUUUGAUAAAGUUAGAAAUCAUCAAAUUGGUUUACUUACAAACAAUCAGGUAUUUAAAUUGCUACACGUCUAGCAUUCCUCAUUUUAUGUUCAUUUUCUUUUCAUUUUCUUGUAUUUUACUGAAUAUCAAAGUUAAAAAAAUAAUACGAAACGAAAUCUAAACCUUUUUUUACAAGGCAAUGAAGGUGCAGAUAUUAAAUUGAAUUGUUUUGAUUAAUGACCAUAACAUAUUGAAAAAGUGUUUCAAACUUUUGUGUUCUUGACAUUUAGACAUCUAGAACUUAUUUGUAGUGAGAAGAAUAGCAAGCACACCAGUGUUACCUUGGAUACGGUUUAAACAUGCAUAUUGUUAAAAUUCAGACAUAAUCUUUGCUAUCAAUAAAGUAUUCGAUAUUUUA